CAUUCAUUUCGAUUUGGGGGGUUCUGUCGUUUCGUUCACUACCGACAGGAUCGUGGAACCAUGAGGACCUUUCUUGUAGCUAUUCUCUGCGUGGCCGUUGUUGCUGCCACAAAAAGCAAACUCAGAGAAGCCAAAAAAUCCAGGAAAACCAGAGAAUUUACCCUGUCGUUUGGAACCCAGGCACCAAGCGGGCCAUGUACCGACAAGAUUGCCAACUGCGCCAGUUACACCAUGUCUGUAUGCACUGACCCGCAAUACUCCGGGUGGGUCACGGACAAUUGCUGUGCUUACUGCAGCGGUGGCUCAAGCGGCGGUAACGUUCCCCAAAUGACCUCGGCUCCAAUGCUGAUGCCCAGCAGCGGUGGAUCGUGCACGGACGCUGUUAGCAACUGUGCUGACUACACAAUGUCGGUAUGCUCGAACGCCGAUUACGCAACGUGGGUAUCCACGAACUGUGCCAAGUUCUGCGGAAAGUGCAGCUCUUCUUCCGGGGGCGGAGCACCACCACUACCAGUCAUAUCAUCUCACACAGGGAGCUGUCAGGACACCCUUCCAAACUGCGCCGACUAUGGAGCCUCCGUGUGCACUAACGCAGACUAUGCCACGUGGUCAACCCAGAACUGUGCCAAGUUUUGCAACAAGUGCUCUGGAUCUGGAGCAUCAUCCGGUGGAUCACCCGGCUGUACGGACAAGAACUCCAACUGCGCCAUGCUGGACUCUUCCUCUCGUAUCUGCACGGAUGCCGGUGCGAGAAUCUACGCUCAGGAAAAUUGUGCUAUGACUUGUAACAUGUGCUCUGGCUCUACUUCCGGUGGUUCAGUACCCAGUUCCGGGGGUGGCACACCCGCAGGUAGCAUAAGCAGCACUGGCACAGGAUGCGUGUACAACGGUAACGUCUACCAGCAGGGCCAGACUUGGAAAGACGCAUGCAAGUAUACCUGCAGCUGCGUGGAUGGAGCAUCAGGAAAAUACCAGUGUCAAGAGCUGUGCGUUACAUGGAACCUUCCUUCUCAGUGCCACCUGAACCCCCCAGCUCCGGGCAAAUGUUGUCAGACCCCAAGCUGCCCAACAGGAUACAACAUCCAGUACCCACCAGGCUACGUCGCGAACUAGAUAUCGCAUACGAAUGUUACGUUUUUAUACGGAAUAAAGUUUCAAACAUUGUA